UUGAAGGCCAAGACAUCACCCAUUUCCUGUGUAACCGAGCGCGUUCGGCCAGCUGUCAGCUCCGCGCGUCGUAGAGUCCCGUCUUUGCGUCCUCCGCUACCAAGCAAACAACGGAGACCGCGUCGGGCUCAGAUUCGCCAACUUUCCACACUCGGACUUUGGUUCUAGUGACUUUGCUGAGGCGUCUGAGAGGAAACCAACGGACCGGCGGAGUAGAACGGGACCCCAUCAGAUUGAAAAACCCCUGUGCUGCAAACGUUCAUAGAGGAAAGGAAUGGGCUAUGACUCCAGGUGAUAAGGAGGGAGGAAGUCUUCAUCCUAAUAAAGACCACAGAUGAGGAUUUGCCAUGCUACAUGGGAAGGCUCUGAACCCCACCCUGCUCUUGCUCCUCGCCCCUGCCAUCUUCGUUUUUGUCCACGGCCUUUCCUACCCGCGUUUUUCUCGCAAUGACACCGAGUUCCAGCACCUCGUGCUCCACCCAGAUCCCUCCGUGGGGACGGUGUACGUGGGGGCCAGGAACCACCUGUUUCAGCUGAAUGGCUUAGACGGGCUCCAGCUAGAGCUGGAGGACGCAACUGGCCCAGUGAUCGACAGCAAAGAUUGCCUCCCCCCGGUCACUGAAGCGAUCUGUCCCCAGGCCAGGAUGACCAGUAACCACAACAAAUUACUCCUGGUGGAUCCCAAGGCCUUGGAGCUGAUCACCUGCGGCAGCGUCCACCAGGGCACCUGCCAGAAACGCAGCCUGGCCUCAAUAAGGAAAGUUCUUUUCUCCACCGAGCGGCCCGUGGACACGCAGUACGUCGCAGCCAACGAUCCGUCGGUCUCGACGGUGGGGCUGGUGGUGGCGCUUCGCGGCGGCGAAAGGACAGUAAUGUACGUGGGCAGGGGCUACACCGCCAGCCACCCGCCCAUCUCCACUCGCCACCUUUCGUCGGAGCCCGUCUUCUCCUACGAGGAGACGGCGAAGCUGGCCGUGGCCGGGCGCCUGUCGGAGUACGACCACCAUUUCGUGACGGCGUUCACCCGUCGCACAUAUGUGUACUUCUUGUUUUACCGCCGUGACAUCAAGGCUCUGUCCAGGGAGUAUCGCACCUACGCGGCCCGAGUGUGUCUGGACGACACCUCCUAUUACUCCUAUGUCGAAGUUCCUCUUGUUUGCAGAUCCUCCACUUCUCCUUCCAGGGUUUACAACCUGCUUCAAGCAGCACAGGUGGGGCAAGGCGCAGGCCGAGAAGGCGAGGAGCUCCUGGGAGUUUUCUCCACCCGAAUCAGCUCCACAAACAACAGUCCUGUGGAUGCCUCUGCUCUGUGUGUUUAUCCUCUGGACGAGCUUGACAAGCACAUCGACUCCACCCGCGACCUCUGCUACACCCAGAACGGGAGGGUGAAAGGUAGAGGAGAGGUGGCCUACAUAGAGUAUGAGGUGAAGUCCAGCUGUGCCAACCUGCCCCUGAACACCCUGAAGGCUUAUCCCUGUGGCUCGGACCACACCCCCAGUCCCAUGGCGAGCCGGGAAGCGCUGGAGGCCAAAGCUGUGUGGCACAUCCCGGCUGCGCGUCUCACGGCUGUGGCCGUCAGCGUCAGGGAGGGACACAGCAUCGCCUUCCUGGGAGACUCCAAAGGGACUCUGCACAAGGUGUAUCUUGGCCAAAGUGGCCUGGUGGACGUAUAUGCGAACACAACUAUCCAUCCCAACAUGCCUAUUAGCAGCGACCUGCUGUUGGACCAGCAGGGAGCGCACAUCUACGUCAUGACCAAAACCGCUGUGGAGAAGCGUCCGGUGGCGGAGUGUGGAGACCACCGGGACUGUCAGUCCUGCCUGUCUGCCAGGGACCCCUACUGUGGCUGGUGUGUCCUGGACGGACGGUGUGGUCAGCGCUGGGAGUGCCAGCGAGGGUCUCUGCAGGGACACUGGCUGUGGAGUUUCAACCAGACUCAGCAGUGCCUCAGUGUUCAGCACCUCAGCCUCUACAACAUCAGCCGCGGGGAGAAGACCCAUAUCACGGUGUCCGUCGAGGGCCUGCCCAGCCUGGAAGAAGACGGGGCCUAUUCCUGCUUCUUCCAGGACACAGAAACCGUCGCCUCGCUCACGAACACCGGCGUGACGUGUCCCACCCCCGACGCCAGCAGCCUGCCCCCCAUCGGCCACGGGGAUGACUUUGUGAUGCUGACCCUGUCCCUGCGUUUCGUAAAUGUGACCGUGGCGGAGACGGAGUUCACCUUCUACAACUGUAGCCUGGUUCAGGAGCUGUCCGGACGCAGGCCGUGCCAGGGGUGUGUCAGCAGCCGCUGGGGUUGCAACUGGUGCGUCCAUGAGCACGUCUGCACACACAAGCCUGUCUGCAGCCAAGGCGUGACCAUCUACAACCAAAACUUCAAACUGCCAACACCCACCAUCCCACCACGCAGCCGAAAACUGACCCCUUCGCCUCCUACUGUCCGGAUCGCUACAAUAACAACAUCAACGGCAACAACAACGCAGCUGCCCCUCACUGAGACACCUACAACAACAGCAGAGGUCCCUACAACCACCACAGUGACACUACCCACCACCCUCAGUGCUGCAUCCACAGCACUGGCCACAGCUGCCCCCUUUGUCAGGACGUCAGCCCAGGCCACCACCAGCAUGGGUGGUUCAGGCUCUGCUGUGGAGGGAACCACAGAAGAAAACUUCGCCACCACGAGACGUUUCCCAGAAACGGACGCUGAGAACCUGAACGCUACUUACAUGUCCUACACUACAUUACCCAGCAGCACUAGCGGCCAGGUAGACUCUGAGCUGAGAUUGGUAGAGCCUUCUGGUGACGCGGCGGGCUCGUCUUCUGACGUAACCUCCACCGACGUGACCCUUUUAACGGACCCUCCUGACGGCGAGAGUGACGAUCCUGAAGAGACGGAGCCUUCGUCGUGGCUCAGCGAGUGGGACAAGUCCGAGGGAGGGGCGGCGCUGGACCCGGGCGUCAGCGACGCGUUCAUCCACACGCACUCACCUAAAACAGUCACUGGCCUCAGCUCUGACUCUGCAGCAGAGUACCAGUCUGAUUCUUGGACUGACUCGUACUUUCCGGAAUGUCCGUGUGUGGAGCGAGUUCAGGAUUCCUCGCUGCUCCCUGUCGAUGUGGAGAGGAAGAUCGUCCUGGUGGGAAAACACUUGAACCUGUUCCAGGACGAGAAGCUGGACUACGAGUGCGUGUUGCACAUUGAUAACCGCUCCGUGGUGGUGGAUUCCGUCGUGGAGUCGGACGCCGCGCAGCCGUCGGUUUUCUUCAUCACCUGCCGACCUCACCGGUAUGCCUAUUCUGCCUUGAUGGAGGAAUACCCAGCCGUCAUCAACGUGAGACGAAGGAACACCUUCCUCAUCGAUAGCGCAGACGAUCUGUACGUGACUCUGUUCAACUGUUCGGUGGGACGGUCGGACUGCAGCCGGUGCCGCACUGCCGACCCCAAGUACGGCUGCGUUUGGUGUGGCGGCGCAGCGAACUCUCGCUGCGCCUACCGCGACUCCUGCACAGAGGAGAUCAAGCACACCUGCCCCGCCCCCGUCAUCCACUUUCUGGACCCAGUGUCUGGCCCCGUAGAGGGGGGGACAGUAGUGACCAUUUCAGGCUCCAACCUCGGCCAGAGAGUUGAAGACAUCCAGAACUCGGUCAAGGUGGCCGGGGUCCCCUGCAGUGUCAUCGGCAGCAGAUACGAAGUCUCGUCUAGGAUCGUGUGCGAGACCACGAGCAGCGGAGGAGAGAAGAGCGGCCACGCCUCCGUCAAAGUCAGCGGAGGAGGACUGGGCUUGUCGGCGCAGAUCUUCAGCUUCCAGGAUCCAGUUCUGAGCAGCAUCUUCCCCCACAGAGGCCCCAAAGCAGGAGGCUCGUCCCUCACCAUCAGAGGUCAGAGACUGAGGACCGGGCACCCGAGUGAGGUCAGCGUCCUGAUCGGGGGAGUGCCGUGUUUGGUGUUAAACAUCCAGGAGAGUCACAUCCGGUGUCUGACCAGGGGCAGCAACCGAACGGGGGAACACGCCAUCACUCUGCGGUUUGGUGGUGCAGAGCGCCAUCUACAGGGCUUGGUGUAUCAUUACACACACAACCCCAACAUCACAAUGGCUGCUCCAUCCAAAAGCUUUCUCAGUGGAGGCAGGAUCAUCCGCGUUUCUGGUCAGAACCUGGAUGUGGUCCAGGAGCCGAGGAUGAGGGUCACUCUCAGUCCUCCUGAUACUCUCCCUCCCAGGAAGAAAAGGAGUCUCGGUAAAAGGACUGAAUUACGCAGAGGAGGAGGACGGGAUCACCAGGGUCCACUGGGGAGACGGAGGAGGAUCGUCCCGGAGACUGAUUGCCCUGAGGGUAAACUCUGCCAUGUCAAACAGUACGAGUCUCGCUGCACAGUCAACAGCUCCACUCUCAUCUUGUGCCCAACUCCGCCGGUGGGUCCGGAGGCCAGGAGGGCGAGGGUCAAAGUCCACUUCCUGCUGGACAGCCUGCAUUUUGACUUCAUCACUGUAGGAAAGGAAGCCUUCAGCUAUGAGCCCAACCCGAAGCUUCACUCGCUGAACCAGAACGACCCGGGCAAAGCGUAUCACCACAAACCUGGCAGCAUCAUCUCAGUUGAGGGAGAGAACCUGGAUCUAGCCAUCUACAAGCACGAGGUGGAGGCUCGGAUAGGGGAUGGAGUGUGCUCGGUGAAGACCCUGACCCACAACCAUUUGUACUGUGAGCCGCCGGCCCAGCAGCCUUCGAUGACAGUCGGCAAGAAGCACGAUGGCAUGGACAGCCUGCCUGAGUUCACUGUGAAAAUGGGGAACCUCAACUUUUCCCUGGGGAAGGUGCAGUAUGACAACCAGGCGCAGUCCACAUUUCCUCUUGAAGCGCAGGUGGGAGUUGGGGUUGGAGCCUCCAUAGUGGCCUUGAUUGUGCUCAUCAUAGUGCUUAUUUACAGGAGAAAAAGCAAACAGGCCAUGAGAGACUAUAAGAAAGUGCAGAUCCAACUGGAGAACCUGGAAACCAGUGUGAGAGACCGUUGUAAGAAGGAGUUCACAGACCUCAUGACAGAGAUGAUGGACAUGUCCAGUGAUUUGGUGGGGUCCGGGAUCCCCUUCCUCGACUACCGGGCGUACGCGGAGCGCAUUUUCUUCCCCGGUCACCAGGAGUCGCCACUGAGGCGGGAUCUGGACGUUCCUGAGAGUCGAAGGCAGACGGUGGAGCAGGGGCUGGUGCAGCUGUCCAAUCUGCUCAACAGUAAGCUGUUCCUCACCAAGUUCAUCCACACCUUGGAGGUGCAGCGGACCUUUUCCCCCAGGGAUCGGGCCUAUGUGGCCUCUCUGCUGACUGUAGCCCUGCAUGGUAAGCUGGAGUACUUCACAGACAUCCUGAAGACCCUGCUCAAUGAUCUGGUGGAACAGUAUGUGGCCAAGAACCCAAAGCUGAUGCUCAGGAGAACCGAAUCAGUGGUUGAGAAGCUCCUGACAAACUGGAUGUCUAUUUGUCUUUAUACCUUCUUAAGGGAGUCGGCAGGGGAGUCAUUCUACAUGCUGUUCAGAGCAAUAAAGCACCAGGUGGACAAGGGACCCGUGGACGCUGUGACAGGAAAAGCCAAGUACACCCUGAACGACAACCGACUGCUGCGAGAAGACGUGGAGUACCGCACGCUGACCCUCAACGUUGUGACGCCGGCCGCCGCUCCUGGUGGCGGAACCGCUACGCAAACGGUACCUGCCAAAGUCCUGGACUGUGACACCAUCACCCAAGUGAAGGAGAAGCUCCUGGAACAAACCUGGAAAGGGACCUCGUUUUCCCAGAGACCACACAUUGACUCGUUGCACCUCGAGUGGCGUGCCGGUGUCGCUGGGCACCUAAUCCUCUCAGACGAGGACCUGACAUCUGUAGUACAAGGCUCAUGGAAGCGCCUCAAUACACUCCAGCACUACAAGGUCCCUGACGGAGCCACGGUCGCCCUCGUCCCUCGGAAUAGCAAACACCACCUCCACGACAGCCACGAUUACAUGCCCGGAGAAAAGACCCCCAUGCUGGACGACGCUGAGGAGGGAGGAGUCAGGCUUUGGCAUCUGGUGAAAGCCAGCGAGGAGUCGGAGCUGCCCAAGCACCGGAGAGAAAGUGUGAGGGAGCGGGGCGGCGAGAGGGCCAAGGCCAUCCCCGAGAUCUACCUCACACGACUGCUCUCCAUGAAGGGCACGCUGCAGAAGUUUGUGGAUGAUCUAUUCACCGCCAUCCUCAGCACCAGCCGCCCAGUCCCUCUGGCCGUCAAAUACUUUUUCGACUUGUUGGACGAGCAGGCUCUGCAGCACAGCAUCACUGACCCCGAGACCAUCCACAUCUGGAAGACCAACAGUUUACCUCUGCGGUUCUGGAUCAACAUCCUGAAGAACCCACAGUUCAUCUUUGACGUGCAGAACUCGGACCAUGUGGAUGCAGUGCUGUCCGUCAUUGCUCAGACCUUUAUGGACUCCUGCACCAUCGCAGACCACAAACUGGGACGGGACUCUCCCAUCAACAAGUUGCUGUAUGCCAGAGACAUCCCGCGCUACAAGCAGAUGGUGGAGAGGUACUAUGCCGACAUCCGUCAGACCAUCUCCGCCAGUGACCAGGAGAUGAACUCGGCUCUAGCAGAACUCUCCCGUAAUUAUGCUGCCGAGGUCAACUGCCUUGUGGCUCUACAUGAACUGUACAAGUACAUCAACAAAUACUACGAUCAGAUCAUCACAGCGCUGGAAGAGGACGCCACAGCUCAAAAGAUGCAGCUGGGCUACAGGCUUCAGCAGAUCGCCGCCGCCGUAGAAAACAAAGUCACAGACCUAUGACCCGAAGGACGAGUUCGGCCUUAACCUUGAAGUGUAGAAACAAGCGAAGGAGAACGAACGACCAGUGCGGCACAAACCAUGGUGAUCGUGGUGCCGUUGAGGGGAUUGCCUUGUUUCCUGUUCGGUGUGUGUGUGGAUGUGAAAUGUCCCUGCUUCCUAAACGCUGGGAGGGAAAUGACAGUGAUGGCUGAGGGACACAGAAGGAGCUCCUCUUGCUCUGCGGCCGAGUCACAGCUCAUAAAGAUUUCUCAUGUUUGAAUUCAAGCUAAAUGGAGACAAUUUAUUUUAUCAAGACAAAAAAAAAACAUUCCUGCAAGUUCACUGUUCUGCUUAUUAGUCUUCUGCUGAGAUACGGAUGCUGGAUGAAGAAAACCAUGAAGGGAAAAGUGAAACCUAAACGUUGACAGCUGUGGACCCUUUACCACGUAAUGUCUUACAACACUGUGGAUGCCUGAAGAGUCAUUCAUCUCUGCUCCGAGGGCGUUUUCGUUAUGCUUUUUACUCACUUAAAUCAUUCAGCCAAGUCUGGCUCAUGGCGAGUUGCGGCUGGUUUAAACGGUUUCUCCAGGGUAGGUUUCCUUUUUUUAAACCUUGCGCCGCCUGCUGUCGUGUCACUGUAACUUCUAGAUGCUGCUUCAUGUAGUUUAACCUGAAGUGUUGAUUUUGUUUUGCUGUGGAUUUAGUGCAAACUGCUCUCAUCCUCCUUCCUUUUCGUGGCGACCUACUGCUGAUGUGAAUGUCCUUUUUUGGGACUAUUUUUAAUAUGCGUUGUUUCGUUUUGGCAGAGGACUUAAUAACUUACUCAGAAACUGAUCCGUCCUUAAGGAAACUUUGUUAGACAAAAGUAAUACAUUAAGAAUGAAGAAUGAAACUAAUUUUUAUUCAUGAGACCAAAUCUGACUAAUUAGAAAGAAGAAAGAAAGAAGAAAGAUUUCCACAUUAUUUAUUUUAUUUUUCACUUCCACUUCAGAAUAGGUUUUUGUGGCAGAAUUUAUUUUCUAUUUGCAAAGUAUAUUUUCCUUCGACAGAAGUUUUUUGAGUGAAGUAUAAAACUUUUUUACUGUGAAAAGAUGUGGAUUCAAACACCAAUAUUUAUACAAUAAUUCCAGAUUAAUUUCAGCAAUUUUCAAUCAGUUUGUUAAAAUAAUGUUUCUUUCAUUUAAGUCCGGUUUGAGCUUCCAAAUCCAUCUCUCAGAUGCUACUGUUUUCAGUGCAUAGACUACUCAGUCGAGUUGUUCUUCCCCGUGGUCACGUGGCCACGACUUUGCCGUCGUUACUGGAUUGCUGUUAGAGGAGGAUUGUUGCUAGUCGUUGGGGUUUCUCACAAACCUGUCAGAAUCUGCUUGUCCUUGUUCUUAGCUUUAAUUUGAAUGGAUGUACUGUAUGUGGUGCCGCUCAGACGCCAGCUCUGAUCAGUGUUACGACGGGCAAAGCUGCAUUCUCUUCCUCCUUUUCUGUUCCCUGUUGUGAGACUCCCUUACUACUGUAGGUUAUUUUCCUAUUUAAUUUAUUGUUUAUUUAUUUUUUUACAUACCUUGUUUGUUGUUUUUUGGCAUAUUAUAAAAAACAAUGACGAUAAUGCCCCCCAAAAAUCCUUUGCUUUAGAUUAUGCCAUUAAGAGCUUUUGCUAUUCCUUUCUGUCUGUUGAUCUUAAGGCGACGUGAUGGUGGAUUUAAGGUUCUAUGAACGAUGAAAACAAACAACUGGAAGCCAAUUUCAAAGUCAGUCCUAAAAUCCAAAUGCAUGUUUUUAAUCCUUCAGUUUUAAGUCUGUUGCAUUCUUUUACCAGGAGCAAUAAGGGCGUUUUCAGUGGUAAAGUUGCGAGCGAUGACAUUCUUUUCCAUGGACAUUAGCGCUUCUUGUUGCUUACUUAACGUUUUACCAUUUUCUGGUUCUUUGGGAAAAAAAACUGUAACUAAAUAAUCCUGAAUUGUAGCAUUCUCUAACUAAUUGAUAGGAUGAAUUUAACAACAACUCAAUGUGACGCAAUAAAGGUGGUUUUGAUGUUA